CUGGAAUGAAAGAGUUUUGGGUCAGAAACGACUUUUGGCACAGCACAAUCUUUCACAUUACCAAGUACAAGAAAGUGAACAUUCCCAGUAGGACUCUGAGAUCAAGAAUAGUAUUCACCGGACACAUAACAUCGUCAGGAACUGGUCUGUUCAGGUUCAUGAUCAAUGACGCUGACGACCAUGACUUUGGCCAGUACAGCUGCUACAAGGGUUCACCACAACGUCCGGGAGCGAAGGUCCCCAACUGUGGGCAAAACCUGGUUGUGAUACGUGUUCAAGAACCCUACAUUGACAGCCCGGGAAAGGCAACAGUCGGUGAUUCUGUAAACAUGACAUGCCACUCUUUUCUGAAAAGCUACCCCAACUGGAACCUGACCAUGUCCUUCAUCUGGAGUAGGAACGGAACGAGAGUGGAGCACGGCGGCAAGCAUAAACUGGAGUCUGUUAGCAGGAGCUGGACAGACGGGCAAUUCAUGACGAUCACUCUGACCAUCAGUGGCGUGACAAAGAAGGACAGAGGAGAAAGAUAUACUUGUCAGACAGUAGUUGGGGAGAAUCUUCUCACAGAUCAGAGUAUAGACAAUGUCCUUGGUGUAUCGUAUAUACCUGAAACUCACAGUAAUAACACGGAAGCAAAAGUGGCAGACAAUGUGUUGUUUUCCAUGAAGACAUCCGUACACCAGACAAAGAUCUACGUGAUCGGUCCAACUGAUAGACUUGUGUUCGAGAUGGACUCCUAUGAAAUCUACAUACGGGAAGCCUUCUGGACCAGGAUCAAGAUUAUGAAGGUCAUCACUUCAUGGGCUACAGUUGCUGUACAGUUCCAACUCUCUGACAUCACAUCAUCUGAUGCUGGGAGGUACUACUGUAGCUUGGAGCCUCGUGGACAGACAGGCUGUUCCUGGGAUCACUUCCUGGUCGUUUCCAAUGCUGCUGUCACCGUACCAGCUUCACAGUCUGUCAGAACAUCCACUACAGGAUAUAUGACGUUCACUUCGACUGUGAGAGAUGAUCUGACAACUGUGGAGCCCACCACAGUCAAGGCCUCCUCUGUACCAGCUGAUGAUGAUGCUAAUACAACAUCUGGAGGGACGGAGACACUUUCUAUGGUCAGCAUUGGGCUUUCUGCAGCAACAACGUUGGUGAUGACCGUGAUAGGAGUGUCACUCUGCCACAGAAGGAUCAAGCGACGGAAAGGGUCAAGGAAACAAAGGUAAGCAUUAUGUUAUCAUUUACAUAUUGAGCUUAAAGUUGUU